GAGCACCAAGCAGAGCGUCAGUCUGUAUCCUGACAGGGGGAGAUAAGAUGGCUGGGGAGCCAGCGGUGCUUUCCUGGAAUACAAUCUCUGUUUGACACUCUCAGCUUAAGCACUGCCCAUCUGUAUGUUAUUGAGCUGCAGCCUCUGGGGAAAAAGAGAAGCCACAGGCACAGAGAGUGAACAAGGGAGGCAGCAAAAGCGUUUUUCUUCCCUUCUUUUCCUUUUUUUCCUUUUUUUUUUUUUCCCUCCCUUUUAAAACAGGAUCUGGUUAGACUGCCUUGAAGUGCCACAUCUGGAAACUGAAUGCUGAACGAAAGUUAAAAUAACUGAGGCACCACUAAGCCAAGGGGGGCUGAUUGCAGAAGAGGGUAAACAAUUUCUGAGACGCUAGAAGACCACUGCUGGAUGUAAGGGGAGGAAAUGGCUUUGAUCUCCGCCUGGCCCCUCGUUUCUCCUAUAUUAUUCUUUUUGAGAUGCUUCUCCUCCAGCACAGCCUCUAUUGAGGGAGGCUUUUUUCAGUUUGACAUUGAAGGUAGCUCAGCGGUCAGCGUGCAAGAAGCCACUGAUUUCAGAGGGCAGCAGCAGACAGUAGCUACUGGAAGUUGGGUGCCUUUUGCUGAGGAAUGCCAAGAAGGAUUUUACCGUACCAGCUCAGGAAAAUGCUCUCCUUGCAACUGUAAUGGUAAUGCAAACAGAUGCCUUGAUGGAUCUGGAAUUUGUGUGGACUGCCAGAGAAAUACAACAGGACAGUACUGCGAGCAAUGUCCAGAUGGCUUCAUUGGCGACGUUGUUAGAGGAGUGCCUACGUUCUGCCAGCCCUGCCCCUGCCCUCUACCAGCACUUGCCAACUUUGCAGUCUCCUGUUACAGAAAAAGUGGAAGUGUGCGCUGUGUCUGUAAAGAAAACUAUGCAGGACCCAACUGUGAAAGGUGUGCCCCGGGUUACUAUGGGAACCCCCUGCUAAUUGGAAGCACUUGCAAAAAAUGUGACUGCAGCGGCAACUCAGACCCAAACUUGAUUUUUGAAGACUGUGAUGAAGUGACAGGCCAGUGCCGUAACUGCCUGAGCAACACUACUGGAUUCAAGUGUGAGCGAUGUGCUCCAGGUUACUACGGGGAUGCCAGAUUCGCUAAAAACUGUACAGAAUGUAACUGUGGAGGAAGAAUGUGUGACAGCCAGACGGGAGAAUGCCUCGCAGACAGUCCUGAAUCUUCUACUGGAACAGACUGCCCAACCAUCAGCUGCGAUAAAUGUAUUUGGGAUUUGACAGAUGACAUCCGAUUAGCAGUUCUGGCUAUCGAUGAAAGCAAAUCAACUUUACUGAGCAUUUCUACAGGUGUUGCAGCUCAAAAGCGCUUGAAUGAGCUGAACUUCACUACCACCCACCUCCAGACAGCGAUGUCCACGAAGAAGAACCAUGCUAUGCUUUGGACCAUCCAGGUUGAUGAUACUGCAGCUGAAAUGAAUGAUCUCCUUAGAGAGGCAGCAACACUUGACGAACAGGGAAAUGAAGCAUCUAGCAAAGGCAUACUGGUACAGAAGGAAACCAUGGAGACCAAUAACCGUGCUACUCAGCUUGUGCAGCAGCUCAGUAAUAUGAGAGAGAACAUUCAAGAAAUAAGCAGCAAGAUGAAAUACUAUGCAAUUCAACAAGAGCUGAGCCCUGAGGAAAUUGCCCAGAAACUGAGUGUGGCUGAGGAGAUGCUGAAGGAGAUCAAACACCGUAAGCCUUUCCUUAAUCAGAGGCAACUUGCGGAUGAAGAGGAAAACGCAGCGGAAGAGUUGCUUCAGGAAGUUGAAGAGUUCCAUGAGAGGUACAAUGACACCAGAUCUCUAGUAUCUGAUGUAUUGGAGCAGCUCAGCGAGCAGGAUGUGAAGCUAUCAGACCUUGAGGAGGCAUUAGACCAGGCACUUGACUAUAUUAUACAAACAGAGGAGAUAAAUAAGGAAAACACAGACAGUCUUCAAAGGCAUGAGCAACAACAUGAGAAAAUAAAAGAUCAAACAGAUGAAGUGAACAGCAUUCUGUUAACUGCCUCAACAAUUCUGGCAGGGCCACAAAAGGUCAACUCUGAGUUAAGUGAAGUAAUAAAGAAUGCAUCAGGGUUCUAUGCAGAAAUAGAUGGAGCGAAAAAAGAAUUGCAAGAAAAACUAGCCAAUCUGUCUCUGUUUGAUGAUGAUUUGGUAGAAAAGGCUAUGCAACAUGCACACAACCUAAGAAGACUUGCUGAUGAGCUGGACCGGAAUUUGUAUGGUGUUGAUACAAAUGGUUUGGUACAAAGGGCAAUAAAUGCUUCCAAUGUGUAUGAAAACAUUGCUGGCUAUAUUGAAGAAGCUAAUAAAGCUGCAUUGCUGGCACUGAACACAACAAAUCGGGUUAAUGACGCUGCAGUUGGAAUUGAUACUCAGAUCAUUUACCAUAAAGGUAAAAGUGAAGAACUUCUCAACCGAGCCAUGGAGCUACAACGGACAGCAGAUGACAGUAACGAUUUAACCAUUGCAGACACUAGUCGGCUUGUUAACGGCACUCUUGCAAGAAUGAAUGCUUUGCAAAGCCAAUUGAUGACAGCCAUCACAAAAAUGCAGUCAGCAGAGCCAGUGGAGGCCAGAGAGCGUUUGGAGCAAGCAAAACUGAAGACUGCAGAAGCUGUAAGUGCUACCAUGACAGUAACACAAGCUACAACUCCUAUGGAUGAGAAUGUGAGGUUGUGGUCUCAAAACCUGCAAGACUUCCAGCAUAAUUCAGCAGCAUACGACAGUGCUGUCCACUCAGCUGGAGAUGCAGUGAAGAAACUUACAGAAGUCUUCCCUCACCUCUUGGACAAACUGCGCAGCGUAGAACAGAAGGCACCAGCAAACAAUAUUUCUUCGAGUAUUCAGAGGAUCAGAGAGUUAAUUGCUCAAACCAGGAGUGUAGCAAGCAAGGUCCAAGUUUCUAUGAUGUUUGGAGGCCAAUCAGCUGUUGAAGUAGAUCCAAAGAUCAACGUGGAGGAACUGAAAUCUUUCACUUCCAUGAGCCUGUACAUAAAGUUUCAAAAGGACAACCCACAGCUGGCAGCAUCUCCAGACAGAUUUAUUUUGUACCUUGGAAACAAAAAUGCAAAAAAUUACAUUGGUCUUGCAAUUAAAAAUGACAACCUUGUGUACAUUUAUAAUCUUGGGGGCCAAGAUGUGGAGAUACCUCUAGAUGCCAAGCCUGUCAGCACUUGGCCUUCUUACUUCAGCAUCAUCAAAAUUGAGAGGAUUGGAAGACAUGGCAAAAUGUUUUUAACUGUACCCAGUCUAAGUAGCACAGCUGAAGAAAAAUUUAUCAAAAAGGGAGAGGUUCUUGGUCCCGGUUCUCUUCUGAAUUUAGAACCUGAAAAUACUGUUUUCUACGUUGGUGGAGUGCCUCCACACUUCAAGCUCCCUCCAAGCUUAAAUCUACCUGGCUUCAUCGGGUGCCUGGAACUGGCUACCCUGAACGACGAUGUGAUCAGCCUAUACAACUUCAAGCAGGUCUAUAACAUCGACACCACCACAUCGCCACCUUGUGCCAGAAAUAAGUUGGCUUUCACUCAGAGCCGGGCUGUGAGCUAUUUCUUUGAUGGCUCUGGCUAUGCCUUGGCAAGAAACAUUGAGAGAAGGGGAAGAUUCAGCCAGGUGACUCGAUUUGACAUAGAAGUUCGAACACCUACAGACAACGGAUUGAUCCUGCUGAUGAUUAAUGGGAGCAUGUUCUUCAGUCUAGAGAUGCACAAUGGUUUCUUGUACCUUCGCUAUGAUUUUGGCUUCAGCACUGGCCCUGUGCUGCUAGAGGACUCCAUGAAGAAGGCUCAGAUUAACGACGCUAAAUUUCAUGAGAUUUCUAUUAUUUAUCACAAUUCUAAGAAGAUGAUCUUGGUAGUAGACAGGCGGCAUAUAAAAAGUGUGGACAAUGAAAGAACAGCAAUGCCGUUCAAAGACAUCUAUAUUGGGGGAGCACCUACUGAGAUCUUGCACUCCAGCAUUAGCUCACAUCUGGCGGGAAGUAUCGGCUUUAAAGGCUGCAUGAAGGGUUUCCAGUUCCAAAAGAAGGAUUUCAACUUGUUAGAAGAACCAGGAACCCUGGGAAUCAGCUAUGGGUGCCCAGAAGAUUCACUGAUAUCCCGCAAAGCAUAUUUCAAUGGAGAGAGCUUCAUUGCAUCAAGCCAAAAAAUAUCCCUCUUCAGUGAAUUUGAAGGAGGCUUUAAUUUCCGGACAUUGCAGCCCAAUGGGCUGCUGUUUUACUAUUCCGAAGGAUCAGAUAUAUUAUCCAUCUCUAUGGACAGAGGCGCUGUAGUUUUAAAUGCAAGUGGGACCAAAAUUCAAUCACCAGACCGAAAUUACAAUGAUGGAAAAACCCACUUCAUCAUUACUUCUAUCACUCCAGAAAGAUAUGAACUGGUCGUUGAUGACAAGAAACAAACCAAGAAGAACUUGGCAAGGGACAGAGCAGGGAAAAGCUCAGACAGCGUGAAGAAGUUUUAUUUCGGUGGCUCUCCCCUCAGAACCCAGCAAGCCAACUUCACUGGCUGCAUAAGCAACGCUUAUUUCACAAGGUUGGAUCGAGAGGUCGAAGUGGAGGAUUUCCAGCAGUACUCUGAGAAAGUUCACACUUCAUUGUAUGGAUGCCCUGUUGAAUCUCCUCCAGUUGCUCUUCUCCACAAGAAAGGGAAAAACUCAUCAAAAGCCAAAGGAAAUCAUAAUAAAAAGCUGGGAAGAGAUAAGGACAAGAUUUCACAGCCUUCAACUGGCUUGAAAAAACUGUAUCAAGAAGUGAAGACGCAAAGAGAUCCUCAGUGUCAUUUACCCAUUAACCCCAAGGCAACCGAACACGCAUAUCAGUUUGGAGGAACAGCAAACAGCCGGCAAGAAUUUGAUCACAUACCAAAGGAUUUCAGUCAAAGAGCUCAGUUCUCUAUCAGUCUGAAAACUCACUCGUCUCAUGGAAUGAUUUUCUACGUCUCGGAUCAAAAAGAGACCAACUUCAUGGCCCUUUUCGUUGCUCAUGGUCGGCUCAUUUUUAUGUUUAAUGCUGGUCAUCAGAAGAUAAGGAUUAAGAGCCAAGAGAAAUACAAUGAUGGCCUUUGGCACAAUGUGAUAUUUAUGAGAGGCAAGAAUAUUGGUCGCUUGAUAAUUGAUGGUCUCCGAGUGCUGGAAGAACCUUUCAGCGGUAAUGCUAAUAGCUGGCAAGUCACUGAACCACUCUAUAUUGGGGGUGUAGCGCCCGGAAAAGCUGUAAAAAAUAUCCAGAUUAACUCUGUCUACAGUUUUAGCGGUUGUCUCAGCAAUUUACAGCUCAAUGGAAGAUCAAUUACUUCAGCUUCACAGGCGUUUAGUGUAACACCUUGCUUUGAAGGUCCAUCAGAAGCAGGAACAUACUUUUCAUCGGAAGGAGGAUAUGUUGUCCUUGAUGAAUCCUUCAGUUUAGGCUUGAAAUUUGAAGUUGUUUUUGAAAUACGUCCCAGAAGUAGCUCAGGAAUUCUACUGCAUGGUCACAGCAUGAAUGGAGAGUAUUUGAAUAUGCACAUGAGAAAUGGACAGGUUACAGUGAAACUGAAUAACGGAAUCAGGGAUUUUUCAACUUCAGUAACACUGAAACAGAGUCUCUGUGAUGGCAGGUGGCACCGAAUUGCAGUGAUUAGAGAUGCUAACGUGGUGCAGCUGGAUGUAGACUCUGAAGUCAACCAUGUGGUAGGGCCAUUAAAUCCAAAGGCGAUUGACCACAGGGAGCCAGUGUUUAUUGGAGGAGUACCAGAGUCUCUGCUAACAUCCAGCCUGACUACACGCAACUCCUUCAUUGGCUGCAUUCGUAACUUCAUGAUUGAUGAAAAACCAGUGAGUUUUAGUAAAGCAGCUUUGGUUAGUGGUGCUGUGAGCAUCAAUACCUGUCCAGCAGCCUGACAGUGCACUGCAUCAAUCUCGUAAAGUUCCUUUGACCACAGAAAGAAAAAUAGAACAAUAGAAUCCAUGUUCACUGGAGAAGAAGAAUGAGGGUAUCAAGAGCCAUCUACAGAAAACAGUAUGUUUAAGGGUCACUUCUAAUGUUUAUGUGCAAAUACACGCUGAAGAAUAAAGGGUUGUUGUUUCUGCACUUCUCUUAUUAUACCACAAGAGUGAGCUUUACCAUUUCUUAUAGCGUAUGUGUGGCCAGUUUGUUACAUGAAUAUGUGGGAUUAUAAAAGAAACGAAAAUUAUAUUAAAUAUUUUCCUUUCAAGAUAGAUUCUCUACAUCAUUUCUUUGCAUACCUUAGGUCACUCUUUGUUUCACAGGUAAAGAUCCGCUAAUACUCAUUUAAGAAUAGAGCUAGAUAAGAAAUUUAGAUUGCAAAUAACUAUGUUGAAAGUUGCUGGGGUUUUUAAUUUGCCAUUCAACUCAUUUACAUAUUCCUCAAUUAAAAUGGAGGCCAGAGAACGUACCAAUUAUCUAAGCUUACAAACAAUGAAAGAUUAACAUUUUUAUUCCACUUCUAAACCUCACUGAUAUGUUGUUGCCCAAUGCAAAGACAGGAUGUACAACUUUUAAGAAAGACACUUUAUAUAAUUGAAUGUUUACCUAAAAUAGGUAAUUUUAGAGCAAUACUUGCUUUACAUAGGAAGGGAGAGAGACAAAAUGCAAGAUUUCAAGGGUUUUUUUCUCUAAAUUUUCAAAUUCACUUACAUACAAACAUAGCACUAAAUCCACAAUGUCUUUGUGAUCUCAUCUGCAUUAAUAUAACACAGGUAAGCACAAAGAUAGAAAUCAGAAUCAUAGUCACAGUUUCAGGAAAAUCUCCUAUCAAAUAAAAUCAUCACUUCCCUAUGAGAUUGCUGCAGGACUCCAGUUUACAGCACUAAUCCUCAAAGCCAGAACAUGUUCCCUGGAAGAUACGCUGCUGCAGAGGAAUCAGAGGUAAAACAAGAGGAUGUAAACAGAAGGCAAAGGGCUGCAAAUCUGGGCUAUGUUAAAACCGUGGAAGAUAGAUGGAAGUUAAUACUAGGCUUUUAGGCUUCAAUAUCAAAGACACGAGUCACUUUCAAAACUUGCUCUUUUCAGUGAUAACCUUCAAGGCAUCAAAGCCAUCUAUGUUUCUUUAAUGAAUAAACUACUGUUGACAGUUUUA